CAGAGCAGAAAAACAUCACAGCUGAGUCUGGACAGGACGUCAUUCUGACAUGUCGAGCUCCAAACAACAAUAACAUCAGAGUAGUGGAGUGGAGCAGACCUGACCUGGGAGACGAAUAUGUGCUUUCAUAUCGGGAUGAGCAGUUUGAUCCAGAAAACCAGCAUCCAUCUUUUAAGAACCGGGUGGAUCUGCAGGACAGACAAAUGAAGGAUGGAGACAUGUCUCUGAUUGUGAACAAUGUGACGACUACUGAUAGUGGAACAUACGAGUGUCGUGUCUUCAUGGGAGAAACGCGCUCAUGGAUCUCCAGCAGCAUCUACCUGAGUGUCUCUGAUCCUCCAGACCAGAAAAAUAUCACAGCUGCAUCUGGACAGAACGUCAAUCUGACAUGUCGAGCUCCAAACAACAACAUCAGAGAUGUAGAGUGGAGCAGAGCUGACCUGGAGACAAAACAUGUCCUUAUGUACAGAGAUGAACAGUUUGUUCCAGAUGGUCAGCAUCCAUCUUUUAAGAAUCGGGUGGAUCUGCAGGACAGACAGAUGAAGGAUGGAGACGUGUCUCUGAUUCUGAACAAUGUGACGACUGCUGAUAGUGGAACAUACGAGUGUCGUGUCUUCAUGAAAGAACCAAACCGAAGGAAGAGAGCGAAUGUGGACCCUGACCUCAUCAGCAUCAUCUACCUGACAGUUCUUCCUCCAGCUCCACCAGGAGGAACCACAGAUGGAGAGGAGAAAGAUGGAGUUGCUAGAGGACAUUAUGGUGGACUGGUAGAUUUUGGUUUGUUACUUGUUGUGAUCCUUGUUGUUUUCCCUGUUGUGAUCUCUAAAAAACACAAGAAGGACCCUGCCCUUCCUCCUCCUCCUGAUGAAGAAGCAAAAAAGGAAGUGGUCUGAAACAUAGCACCAUGACAGGAGAGAGAGAGCACAUUAAAACCAGUUAAACAUGGUUAACUAUAAAAAUGACAUAUAAAAUAUAUAAACGUAUCGAUAGCUCUGAAGCUCAGAGAGAAACUUCAUAACAAACUUCAGACUCUUCCACUAAACCUGUGUGAGCAGGUUAAAAACCUUCAGGUCUUAUUUGAUCCAGAACUCACAUUUGAAUUUUGCAUCAAAAAUAUUUUAAAACUGAUUUUCAUAUUUAUAGAAUAUUGUAGCAACAGCCUCUCUCUCUCAGAUCAACGCAGAGACACUGACUCCUGCUUUCAUCUAC